AUGGGCUUAGCUGGCCUGGAGGAGCUCUACGAUUGUACGGAGGAGUUUCUGAAAAUGGGUUCGACGCAACGUGUUAUGUCGUCUAAUGGUUCUGAGUUUAUGGAGGAGAUGCUUGAUGGAUCUUUGAGGCUAAUGCAUGUAUGCAGCGUCUCAAAAGAUCUGAUGGUGGAGACUCACGAGCAUGUUCGUGGUGUUCAGUCAUAUGUUAGAAGAAAGAGAGGAGGAGAUCAACUCGAUGUCGCGGUCUUGGGCUAUGUCGGAUUCAGAAAGAACAUGAGAAAAGAAGCUAAGAAGCUUCUUGCUUCCUUGAAGAAAAUCGAUGGUGGGUCAAACUUAUAUGAUAAUGAUCAUAAAGAUGAACAUCUUGUGGUUGUUAUAGAGGUCAUGAGACGAGUAGUUUCGGUUAGUGUCAUGGUAUUCAAGUCGUUCUUGGAGUUCUUAUCCGGACGACAAAGUAACAUUAAGAGCAAGUUGGCUUCAGUACUAAAGAAGAAGAAGGAUCAUCAUGAAGCGACCAAGAACGAGUUGGAGACAUUGAAUUCCGCGAUUUGCCAAGAUUUUUUCUCUCGUGAUGAGCUAUAA